AUGGCAGAGUCUGCAGUGACAUUUGUUCUUGAGAAACUCACAGUCUUAUUGGAGGAAAAGGUGAAUCUGGUCAAAAAUGUCAGGCAGGAAGUUGAAUAUAUCAGAGAUGAACUUGAGAGAAUGAUUGCUUUCAUCGGAGUCGCUGAUGCUGCUGAAGAUGAUGAUCCAGAGCUCAAAGUCUGGGUUAAGCAAGUUCGAGAUGUUGCAUAUGAUACUGAAGACAUUAUAGAUGAUUUCAUGCUGCAAUUCCGCCUCGAAAGUGAGGGUUUUCUGAGGAAAUUAAUUUUCUCCAUACGAAAUCUGAGAACCCGUUAUAAAAUUGCUUUUGGAAUUCAAAAUAUAAAAUCCAGAAUUAAAGAUAUUGCUGAGGGACAUAGCAGGUAUAGUUACAAGUUUGAUGCUCCUGGGGAAGUUUUAUCAUCACAAUGCGUGACUACUAGAGGGAUUGAUCCUCAAGGCGAUGCACUUUUAUUAGAAGAAGCAGAGCUUGUCGGGAUUGAGAAUCCGAGAAGGCAGAUUAUACGGUGGCUUGUUGAGGGAGAAUCACGGCUUAAGGUGGUUUCAGUGGUGGGGAUGGGAGGUUUGGGGAAAACCACUCUGGUUAAGAAGGUGUAUGAUGAUUUUGUUGUGAAGAAACACUUCCAGAACCACGCAUGGAUUAGAGUUUCUCAGUCGUUCGAGGUGGAUGAGCUCCUGAAAGACACAAUUCAGCAAUUGUUUGAACAGAUGAAGCGAGCUCCUCCUCAAAAUUUGAGCACCAUGGAUGGUAAUAGGCUAAAAGCAAUAAUCAAAGAUUUCUUGCGCGGAAGAAGGAAGGGGUUGAUCUUGAAUGAGUAUCGAGGCGAGAAUUCUUGUGAGGUGUGGAUCACACGCACCCUUGAAAGACUCAUCUAUAUAAGAGUUGUCAUGAAGCCUAGCUAUUAG